AUGUACGACCAGGACGAAGAUAACCAGUACGACGAGGACGAUGACGAAAUCACCCCGGACCUGUGGCAGGAGGCCUGCUGGAUCGUCAUCAGCUCCUACUUUGACGAGAAGGGCCUGGUGCGCCAGCAGCUGGACUCCUUCGAUGAGUUCAUCCAGAUGUCCGUCCAGAGGAUCGUGGAGGACGCCCCCCCCAUCGACCUGCAGGCUGAGGCCCAGCACACCUCCGGGGAGGUGGAGGAGCCGCCCCGAUACCUGCUGAAGUUUGAGCAGAUCUACCUGUCCAAGCCCACCCACUGGGAGAGGGACGGCGCCCCGUCCCCCAUGAUGCCCAACGAGGCCCGGCUCAGAAACCUCACGUACUCGGCCCCCCUGUACGUGGACAUCACCAAGACCAUCAUAAAGGAGGGCGAGGACCAGCUGCAGACGCAGCACCAGAAGACCUUCAUCGGGAAGAUCCCCAUCAUGCUGCGCUCCACCUACUGCCUGCUGAGCGGCCUGACCGACCGAGACCUGUGCGAGCUCAACGAGUGUCCCCUGGACCCGGGGGGCUACUUCAUCAUCAACGGCUCCGAGAAGGUGCUGAUAGCCCAGGAGAAGAUGGCCACCAACACCGUCUACGUCUUCGCCAAGAAGGACUCCAACAUGAUGGCCCGAGGGGGGCAGGGGGUGAAGAAGAGUGCGAUUGGCCAGCGGAUCGUGUCCACGCUGCCCUACAUCCGGCAGGAGGUUCCCAUCAUCAUCGUGUUCCGGGCGCUGGGCUUCGUGUCCGACAGAGACAUCCUGGAGCACAUCAUCUACGACUUCGACGACCCCGAGAUGAUGGAGAUGGUGAAGCCGUCCCUGGAUGAGGCGUUUGUGAUCCAGGAGCAGAACGUUGCUCUGAACUUCAUCGGGUCCAGAGGAGCAAAGCCCGGCGUGACGAAGGAGAGGAGGAUCAAAUACGCAAAGGAAGUUCUGCAGAAGGAGAUGCUGCCGCAUGUGGGGGUCAGCGACUUCUGCGAGACCAAGAAGGCCUACUUCCUGGGGUACAUGGUCCACCGGCUGCUGCUGGCGGCUCUGGGCCGGAGGGAGCUGGACGACAGGGACCACUACGGGAACAAGAGGCUGGACCUGGCCGGGCCUCUGCUGGCCUUCCUGUUCAGAGGGAUGUUUAAGAACCUCCUGAAGGAGAUCAGGAUCUACGCUCAGAAGUUCAUCGACAGAGGGAAAGAUUUCAACCUGGAGCUCGCCAUCAAGACGCGCAUCAUCUCAGACGGCCUGAAAUACUCUCUGGCCACCGGGAACUGGGGGGACGUGAAGAAGGCUCACCAGGCCCGAGCCGGGGUGUCCCAGGUGCUGAACCGUCUGACCUUUGCGUCCACGCUGUCCCACCUGCGGCGGGUCAACUCUCCCAUUGGCCGAGACGGGAAGCUGGCCAAACCCCGCCAGCUGCACAACACGCUGUGGGGCAUGGUGUGUCCCGCAGAGACGCCUGAGGGUCACGCCGUGGGUCUGGUGAAGAACCUGGCCCUGAUGGCCUACAUAUCUGUAGGCUCCCAGCCUUCGCCCAUCCUGGAGUUUCUGGAGGAGUGGAGCAUGGAGAACCUGGAGGAGAUCUCUCCUGCUGCCAUCGCAGAUGCAACUAAAAUCUUUGUGAACGGCUGCUGGGUUGGAAUCCACAAAGACCCAGAGCAGCUGAUGAAUACUCUGAGGAAACUCCGCCGACAGAUGGACAUCAUCGUGUCCGAGGUGUCGAUGAUCCGGGACAUUCGAGAGCGUGAGAUCCGAAUUUACACGGACGCCGGGCGGAUCUGCAGGCCGCUGCUGAUCGUAGAGAAACAGAAGCUGCUGCUGAAGAGGCGCCACAUCGACCAGCUGAAGGAGCGCGAGUACAACAACUACAGCUGGCAGGACCUGGUGGCCAGCGGCGUGGUGGAGUACAUCGACACCUUGGAGGAGGAGACGGUCAUGCUCGCCAUGACCCCGGAUGACCUGCAGGAGAAGGGCGUGGCCUACUGCUCCACCUACACCCACUGUGAGAUCCACCCGUCCAUGAUCCUGGGGGUCUGCGCCUCCAUCAUCCCCUUUCCUGACCACAACCAGGUAAGACUCCAGCUCCCAGCAGGCCGCUUCUCCUGA